GCCGCCGCUGCCCCGGCCGCCUCCUCCCCGAGUCAAGUGUGCCAGGCUCUGUUCUAGGUGCUGGGAUAUAGUGAUGAAAGAGACGGGCAGAGUCCAUGACCUUGGAGUGCUUGCAGUCUAGGGGCUGAGACAGACAACAGACAACUAAACAGAUCCAUGCUUUCAGAAAGUGAGAGGUGCUGCCCUGGAGAGGACAGCAGCAUGAGGACACAGCGAUCGGGAGAGUCGUAUGUUGUGCUUUCAUAUCCUGGUCCAUAAAACUGCAUUAAAGAGACGCGCUUACCCAAGGAAACCAGACAGCCCUGGAUUGAGAUUCUUGAGGUGGGAACAUUGAGGAGACAGAACUGAAGACAGAAUCCAGUCACCUGAUUCCAGUUCAGUGCUUUCUCCAUUAUUCUACAGGGCACUCAUCGGAGGGAAGACACUUUUCCUCUGUUGACACUAGCAUUGCAGUUGGUUCAACCUUGUGUCCGCUGAUCAUUCCAAGAGCUAGCUGUCCAAGAUUCCACAAUGUCUCACCCAUCGUGGCUGCCACCCAAAAGCACUGCUGAGCCCCUGGGCCAUGUGUCUGCACGGAUGGAGACCACCCAUUCCUUUGGGACCCCCAGCAUUUCAGUGUCCACACAACAACCACCUAAGAAGUUUGCCCCAGUCGUUGCUCCGAAGCCCAAGUACAACCCGUACAAGCCACCUGGCGGUGAAGGUGACUUUCUUCCACCCCCACCUCCACCUCUAGAUGAUUCCAGUGCUGUUCCGUCGGGCUCUGGAAACUUCCCUCCUCCACCGCCCCUGGAGGACCCUGCUUUCAGGGCACAGGGAAAUCCUGGCGGCAAGACCCUUGAGGAGAGACGCUCCAGCCUGGAUGCUGAGAUUGACUCACUGACUAGCAUCUUGGCUGACCUGGAGUGCAGCUCCCCCUAUAAGCCUCGGCCCCCGCAGGGCUCUACUGGUUCAACAACAGCUUCUCCUCCAGUCUCCACCCCUGUCACAGGACAUAAGAGAAUGGUCAUACCCAACCAACCCCCUCUGACAGCAACCAAAAAGUCUACAUUGAAACCACAGCCUGCACCCCAGGCUGGACCCAUCCCUGUGGCUCCAAUUGGAACGCUAAAACCCCAGCCUCAGCCUGUCCCAGCCUCCUACACUACGGCAUCCACCCCUUCAAGGCCUACUUUCAAUGUGCAGGUGAAGUCAGCCCAGCCCAGCUCUCAUUACAUGGCUGCCCCUUCACCGGGACAAUUUUAUGGCUCAGGGCCGGGGGCCCAGGGCUAUAACACUCAACCAGUUCCUCUCUCUGGGCAGGGUCCUCCUCCUUCCACACGGGGAGGCAUGGAUUAUGCCUAUAUUCCACCACCAGGACUUCAGCCUGAGCCUGGGUAUGGGUACGCCCCCAACCAAGGCCACUAUUAUGAACCCUAUUGCCCAGGGGGCCCUGGCUAUGGGGGCAAAAAUGACUCUGAUAAUGCCUAUGGUCAACAAGGUCACCCAAAUACCUGGAAGCGGGAACAAGGGUAUACUCCUUCUGGCACCGGGAACCAGAACCCUGCUGGGAUGUAUCCGGUUGCUGGUCCCAAGAAGACCUAUAUCACAGAUCCUGUUUCAGCCCCCUGUGCACCACCACUACAACCAAAGGGUGGACAAACAGGGUCCAUGGGGCCUCCGGCUGUUCCCCCCUCUUUCCGCCCUGAAGACGAGCUCGAGCACCUGACCAAGAAGAUGCUGUAUGACAUGGAAAAUCCACCCGCCGAUGAAUACUUCGGCCGCUGUGCUCGCUGUGGGGAGAACGUCGUUGGGGAAGGUACAGGAUGCACUGCCAUGGAUCAGGUCUUCCACGUGGAUUGUUUCACCUGCAUCAUCUGUAACAACAAGCUCCGAGGGCAGCCCUUCUACGCGGUGGAGAAGAAGGCCUACUGCGAGCCCUGCUACAUCAACACCCUGGAGCAGUGCAGCGUGUGCUCCAAGCCCAUCAUGGAGAGGAUUCUCCGAGCCACUGGGAAGGCCUACCAUCCUCACUGCUUUACCUGUGUGAUGUGCCACCGCAGCCUGGAUGGGAUCCCGUUCACUGUGGACGCUGGUGGCCUCAUUCACUGCAUCGAGGACUUCCACAGGAAAUUUGCUCCCCGCUGUUCUGUGUGCAAGGAGCCUAUCAUGCCGGCCCCCGGCCAGGAGGAGACUGUCCGGAUUGUGGCUUUGGAUCGUGACUUCCAUGUUCACUGCUACCGGUGUGAGGAUUGUGGUGGCCUCCUGUCUGAAGGAGAUAACCAAGGUUGCUACCCUUUGGAUGGACACAUCCUCUGCAAGACCUGCAACUCUGCCCGCAUCAGGGUGUUGACCGCCAAGGCUAGCACUGACCUUUAAAUCCAGUUGCCUGUUUAGUGGUUAGUUGGUGGCUCUGAGAAGGAUGAAACACAAGCAAAAUAUAAGAAGAGAAAUAGGAAAAAAGAGGAAAGGCAAUCAAGCUGUGGGAUGAUCUCUACUUCACCCACUAUUAAUCUUUCUUUAGAAACACAUAGAGUAUGAGAUUUUUUUUAAGUUCUUACCAAAUACACAUUUCACAUUGAAUCAUGUAGGACCUUGAUGGGCCUUUGUUCCCAAGGACUUGCACAUUUUUGCACGGAUUAUGCUCCAUCCUAUUCACUUCUGCAUUCUUUUAACUUUUAAUCCCUAUGUUUGUCUCACUUUUCAUCUGGUUGAAUGGCUUUUUUUAGUGUGGUAUUUGCUGUCACACAGUUUUUCCUGGGUGAGUCUGCCAACUCACAGGUGCUUUUAGGCUUGAAGGCUCCAUCCUAUCACUUCCACAUAGAUCUUUCUGUUGCUCUAAACUAGUCAUGUCCCUUGGGGAAAAAAAAUGCACAGUUAUAUGUCAGGCUAUAAAGAAUUUAAGCUGUAAAUUACAUAGGUUAAAACAAGCCCAAAUUGAAUUUGCAACCAUCCAAAUUCAAAAUCUAAAAUGACCAGUGGUCGGGGCUCAUUUGAAAACAGAUACUGGUGAGAAAGAACAAAAUUUCAAUAUUUUUCUAAAGAAAUUACACAUAGGAAAAAAAAAAGAAAUUACAGAUAGGGUAUGCUGGAUAAAGUUUUUGGGGGUUAUAUUUGAAAAACUCAUUAUUACCCCGAAAUAUUAUCUUAAGAUUUUCCGUUUUCAUGCUACCUGGACAUAAUGAUGUGGACAAACUUGUUUUUCUCUAGAAUAUAACAUUUUCAAUACUGUUCCACUUUUCAUAUCAGAAAUAUUGCCUUUUUUUAAAAAAAAAAUCCAAACAUAACUACCAAAAUUGACUUUUUCUCUAGAGGAAAAUAGCUAUAAAGAGCAGUUUAAGUUUUUUGGUUUUGUUUUUUUUUCCAGGCCCAGGUCCUUUUUGCCUGACAGUUGCAAAUCAGGGCACAUAAAACUGUGUUAGUUUUGUUUAGUUUACUUUAAAAAGACAAAGAAGCUUGAAAAGAUUGUGAAACCACAGUUUCAUUAUUCUUAUAAUCCUUCUGCAACUCAAAUUACAUAUUGCAGAAGACAUUUUCACAUCAUCGAUGUGACAUUUACACCACACUCUCAAAGACAAUCACUGAAAAAAAAUUGCCUUUUUGAGCUAAAAAUAUGCAGAGUCUCUGCCUAGAAUCUUUAUUCAAACUCUUACUGGGCAGUGAACUGCUUGCCCGCCAGCUGCAGAACCACACAUACUUAAUUGCGUUUUAUUAUGUUUCUUUUAAAGAAGGACACUUCUCUUAGUAGCAGGUUACCGUUUUGUAAAGUAAUUACAUAUUUUGGAUUAAGAUUAGUUAAACCCUUCUUCAAAUUUUCCACAAGUAUAUACUUUUAAAUUAUGAAGUAUUUUAAAUAUACACAAAAGUAUAAAUAAUAAUAUAAUGAAUCUCUGUGACAGCGAGUUUAAGAAAUCAAAUAUAACAAAUAUAGUUACAUUCCCCUGUAUACCCUUCCCUGAUUCCACAAAUAUCUUUUUCAUGAUUAGAAAGGGAUAAAGUUUUCCCAUCUGACUUUUGUUUUUAAUUUUUAAUUUUUAAUUUUAACACUCAGAAAUGGAAAAUUAUUUGUACAUGUUUUGAAUUGCAACCCAGGCCUCAAGAGUCCCAAUUCAAUUCAUUUUACUUUAGUAGGAAUAAUCAUAAAGGUGGUUUGUUUUUUUUUUUUUAAUAAGAAACUCUCAAGCCUGUAGUGCUUCUGAGUUAAUCUGUGGCUCAUUGGCUUUGGUCACCAGUGGUGGUUUUGAACCACCACAGUUAUAGCUUUUCAAAGUGUCCUUUGACCACUGCCCUUUCCUUACCUUGCGGCCCUUAUCCUUAACCUCACAUGUCUCAUAAUGUUAAGUACAAGGGGUCCGCUUCGGGCAGUGUGUGCAUCUUAGGAUACAGUGACAACUGCAUCUCUGACUUUCUGUCUUCCAAAUGAAAGUCCAGACCAUGCUGAUGACCUCAAAGAGUACUGACUGUUAGACAAUUGGGGUGAUAAUGUUCGUAUAUAUCUGCUUGAAUUGCUUCUGUAACUUGUUUUCUAAGAAAUACUUGGGGGGAAAUUGUCUUUUGGUCCAAAGCAAAGAGCCCGAUUUAUUGAGAGAUGGAUUUUAUCUCUUGAAAUGCAGUCAUAUUAGUAUGAAUUUUGCCAAAAGAGGGAAAAUUUAUGAAAUAUUUAUCCUAUAAGGAUGCAAUAACAUUCUACUUAUUUGUUGCAUUUAACCCCUUAUGUAACUGAAUGUUUACAUGCGAAAAAAAAAAAAGAGAGAGACAGUUAUAAGAAAAUGCUGUCACAGGCCCCUCACUGUGGCACUGCCAGAAUACUGCUUGCUUUAUAGUGCAUUUUUAUCACAUAACCUCAGAGUAUCUUUACCAAAGAUUUUUAAUGUAAAUCUCUUUUUAAUAUAGACUUAUCAUACUUUUGUAAUAAUGAAUGUGCACACCUACAUAUACAGAAUAUUUAGAUUUAGAAUUUUUUUUCUUUCACAAGGUAUAAUAAGGAAAGGAUCCUAAAAUAUUUUAUUUCAGGAUUUCUUAAAUAUAUGAUUUAUAUUGCUUUCUUAUCUUCUAUUAAUCAUUUGGUGUCAGCAAUGCCAAAUCACUUUAGUAAAAAUUUUAGCUACAUGAAAUUUUGCCUAUAACAGAGAUAUAAAGAUCUAGUACCUUAAGGAUUAUAAUUCUACUGUCUUUUGAAAUACUGUCUUGAAUGUUAUCAUUUAAAUACAGAAAUAAUAGAAAAGAAUCAUAGAGUCUAUAAGAGAAAGUUUGUAAAAAUAUACUAAAAAUAUACCGGCUUUAAAAAAAAUUGUCAAGAACACAAAUAUUUGGUAAUUCCAUGUAACAUGAGAGACAUGGAAAAGGAAAAAAAACCCACUACAUCCUGGGCUCUGCAGACCGUCUCACAGAGGUCUCCACCGCCUGGAUCUCCAGUUCAUGGUGACACAGUGUGGAGUCUCAUCUGCAGACAAAUUGGCCUUUAAAACUCAAAAAUAAGCCAUGUGUCCCAGCAAAGGGCAUCAAGGCUUUGAGAUCCCGGACAUCUCUGCAGCUCAAAGAUGUGGGUUCUUUUUCCUUUCAUGAACAGAUUGUUUCUGUAAAAGCAACUUCUCUGAUCAAAAUUACUUCGUGGAGUGUAUGCCAAUUAAUACAGUGAAGAUAGGAACACUAUCAUUGUUUUCUCACUAUGAAAUAUUCUGCAGAGAUGUUUGCGAUGAUGUUUCAAGUAUAUAAAACUCUAACGACAUAUAAUUAUACCAGUAUUUUAUAUUUGGAUCCAGGGGGCGGGUGGGGAAAGAGCAUUUUACCAUGGGGCUAUAGUAGAGGGUUUACGGAAUAUAGACCGGACUCUGAAAACACAACUUCCAACAGUUUUCCUAGUUAGUAAGAAUCCUAUUAAAUGUGAACCAGCCAGGAAUAACAGUGUUAUUUCUACUCGAUAUGGUUUGGGCUUCUUUUGUCAAAUCUGUGUCGGCUGCCCCUUGAACCCUCCAUUAUCAAGUUUUGAAGGGUGUUGGGGAAAUUGUGGCAGCUGCUAGGGAGAUCAGGGAAACACUGAUGUAACCUCACAGCCUCUCACCAUUCCUCUUGGCUUGGAAAGGCUUUUUUUCCAUAUACAUUUCUAGAAAUAUUGCUAUUCUACCUUAGUAUUUCACAUUUGUAGUUUAAACAAGCGAUUGUCCAUCUGUUGCCUAGAGCUACAGUACAUGUGUGUUAUGAAUGAAAUAUGACAGCAUGUUCCAUACCCUGCUUUAGCCAUCUGUAGGAAACCAGGAGGCUGGAAAAGAUAUACCUCUGCAAAAUGUGCCUUAAGUUCAUUUCCUGAGAUGGCUCUUUUGGUGCACUUUCACGGGAGACAAUCAGAGAGCAACACGUAUUUGUGCCUUAUUUUUAAAGAAUCUUUACAGUACUAUGAAUGCUCCACUGAAGAGUCUGUCACGUAAAUAACCAUCCCCAAAUCUCAAAGAUAAUACUCAUCAGAAAGUCAAAAUCCAGAGAAGUGGGAACUCUUCAUCUUAGCGUUGUUUAACAGUAUUUCUGUUCUCGCCAUCUCUUGGAAGUAACCUUAUGGAUUCCUAAAUUAGGAAAACGUUCUGAUGCCACAAGGUGAUGCCUUGGAUGUUGUUAGUGAUUAGGUGGUCUUCCUUAGUGGUCUUACUCUAGUUUUAGUCAGGUAAUGAAGACAGACGUCCACUUGAGCCUUUAACACCUAUUCAGCGUGUCCACUUCUUUUAAUUGCCACAAUUUUUUUGGUUUAUUGUUUUGCUUUCUUUUUUUAAUUUAGUAUUGUACAGGACAAGUUGAGGAUCUUGGUUCUGAGUCAUUAUUAUGGUGCAAUCAUGAACAUUUCAGGUCAGUUUAUUUCCUUGACAGUUAACUUUGCUCAUGAGGCUGUUGUUUAGUUCGCUUGUUAUUUCAACCUUUAAAAAGUGAUCUGAUUAAAGCUGUGUGGCGUGAUGAGAGCUCUUCCUCUCUCCCUCCUUGUCUUCCUUCUUAUUCCUUCCCAUUUCUACUCAUUAACGUUAUCCUGCUUGGACUUUUCAUAAAUAACUUAAGUCAAUGCAUUACAAUCCUUGUGGAAUUAUGAUCGUGUGAAGGGAAGAAUUGCAGCACAAAAUAUAUGUGUCAUCCAUAAAUCCUUUCUUUAAAAGAGCGUAUUUUUCCAGAUUGUGUUUAUUCAUAAAGUGAGGUGAGAUAAUAAGAGUCUUUCAGUUUUAUUUUAAUGAGUUUUCAUCAGGGACUCAGAUCACAGAGUUCUUGGCAAAUUCACUUAUGACUGGCCUACUUUUCUCAGCUAUAGGCAAAGUGAUCUUUCUAAGACUAGUUUAAGAUUUUUUUUUUAAUCCAAAGCAUUUUGACCAACAAAACAAUCAUGUUUUUAAGUGGUGGCAUGUUUAAAUCAGUGAAACUUGAGAGUUUUCCUUAUGGCAGGGAAAAGCCAUUAUCCUUCUGGAAUUUUUACACAUAUAGCAUUUUUCCCAUGAUAAUAAUAUUAAACCCUAAUACUAGAAACACAGUAUUUUGCAGGGAGUAGGUCAGCAACAGAGUUAUUCCUGAAGCACAGAUUACAGACCUGUAAUCUGUUUAUAAAAAGCAACCUGAGAAGAACGAUGGGUCUUUUGGCAAAGCAUUUUCUUACAGUUUGAGUCUGAGAUUCUUUUGAACUCUGGCUAAUACUGAUCAAAACAUGCCCUCUGUGUCCAUUUGUAAUAAAUUUGUUUAGGAAAAAGGCUUAUAAUUCUAGGAAUGUAUUUCCAUUUUUGGUUUCUGUCCUCAUGUCUGUUUUCUACAAGUUGACCUUGAUUUUCCAUUUUGGGAGAAUCACAUAUGAGGAAAGUAAAAGCAUACCUAAUGCAUACAUAAUUCAAUACACAAAUGAAUUUGCCCAGAAUUAAUGAUAGUCGCAGUGAGUGUGUUCUUUUGAUAAAUAGGCAGAGGUUUCUUUUGUUUCUUUUGUUUUUGUGUUUUUGUUUUGUUUUGUUUUGUUUUAACCUGUCUCCAAGAAGAGAGGGGUUUGAGCGGGGAGGGGGAAGGAAUUUGAGAGAAAGGGCAGGUCACAAUUAAAACAAUGACAAGAGGAUUCUUGUAGAGUGUAACAGGAUUUUCAUAGGGGUUUUAAGAAUUGGCAAUUGUAGUUUUUUAAACAAGUAUUUAUAUUUCAAAGUUUAUGAUGUGUUUAAAAAUCACUACAGCUAACACUGUCAGAAGAGAGUUAAAGUGAGAGCUGCUUCGCGGCCCCGUGGCAUGGCCGUAACUACACAGGACUCAUAAUCCGUGUCCUCUCAUCCCUCUGCGAGAGGGCCGUUGCUUGCUCUCUUUGUGACAGAUGGCGAUGCAUAUUCUCACAUAGUCACAGGCAAGCUGCAGUACACCCUAAGCAUCUCUGAAGGUUAGCUCUUUCUAUUUUCACACGCUUAAUGUUUCAUCUUUCCAAUAUACUUACCUGGUGAGCACAGGAAGAAGGAGUUGUCCUGGUCUCUGGGUCGCUGGUUCAAGUCCCGUCAUCCACCUUCUGUCAUGGCCUGCCUAAACAGCUCUUCUAGAACUGACUUGUGCUGCUUUUCUCCUUUUUAGCUGCAAGCACAGAAAACUAACUUUAGCUUACUAAGUUCAAAGAAGAAGAAAUAUAAAACGGCAUAUUUUCACUUCAAUAUAGAAAGGAAGGACACAUUCCCUGCUCUAUUUUACUUUCUUGGCCCCUGUGGAAAAAGCUGUAGACUCUAUCUUAGUUACGUACCGUGCAUGUGGCUUAUUUCACAGAAAGUUAUGCAGAAGAUGCAUUUUAUGAAACUCAUUGACUUUUCUCCCAUGAAGUUACAAAAAAAAAAAGUUACUAAAAUCUUCGCUCUUUAUUUCUGAUUGUUACUUAAUUUACAGCAGUUUCUAACUACCCUAAUAAAUAUCUCUCAUUCUAGCCCUCAUUAUAAACACAAAUUUUGUAGUAUUCUGCAAGCAAAAUGUUAUAUAUACUAGAAAGAAGAGAGAAACCCACAACUAAUUCCUUUGUAAUACUUUAGGAUGGUUGCAUUAAUGCUUCCCUACUGCAUGCUUGCUACUUUUUCCAAGAUAACUCAUUCACUUAUGAGCAAGAGAAAACAUCAUUUUUCUAACUUUGCAAGACUUUUACCUAAUAGACCCCAAUAGAAUUCUUAUUAAACUACCCACAAAUGCAACCAACUUAGUACUGAACGUAGUUUCUAAAUUCAGUUUUCAACCCCUGGAGUAGAAUAAUCUACCAAGAUUGAGACAGGUUUCCCUGUGUCAUCUUGCGUUCUACAGUAGUGUAGAGCAUUAUAGCUGACUCCAAGCCCCAGUGCUGUUCCAAGACAUAGAAUCAUGAGUCCUUCAAGGAUCUGAAUCUCCUGUUAUUGUCCUGACAAGUCACCAUUCCACUAUCACUGGGGCAGCUUUUUUCUACCAAAGUUCUUCCUCGUGUUAAACAAAACUCUGGCACUUGGAGCUAUGCACAAGAAGUCUAAUGUCUAAACCUUUGCCUCUAGGUCAGAGAUCAGUCUUUUAACUUUUCCUCAUUUAUUGACAUGGUAUCAAGUCUAAUUGCCCUCUUGCCUCUCCUUUGAACAGUUGGACCCACCAAUAUUUUCUAAUUUUGUUUCAAUCUACUCAGUGAGAUAUAGCCAACACUUAGGGUCAGGCUAGGUAAAAGUACUUUCUUCAUGGCUGAAAGUAAAUUGAAUUGGAAUCAUCCAAAGGAAACUGGUAGUCAAUGUGGUAAUUUCCCCCCAGGACUCAGAAAGCUAGAGGAGGAUAGAUCUCCCAUGUGUGCAAAACAGUCCUCUAACUCUCUGUCCUUUCCUGUUUUUGAUGUUACCAAAGUCAAAAUAAGAAGUGAGCUAGUACAUAUGUCAUCCAUUAGAUUCUCACUUCUUGAUCAAUGUUCAUAAAUUCUCUUCAACCUUUUCCCUUUGUCUGUGUCAUCUCAAUAAUAAGAUAUUUAUUGUCCAUGUUCCCAUCCUGAAUAAAUAUUUCUGGCUGGAUGGUUUUUGAGAUUUGCUUUCACUCUUCUGGGCUCAAAUGUUUGUACCUAGAGGUGUUGCAUUCUACACCAAAUUAGCAGCUUCCCUACUCAAUCAGUUAAGAACUACCCUUAGGAGUCUGUGUUUUCUGUAUACUUUUGUCUUUCUAACAUCUUUAUCUCUUACUCAUCUCCUCAAUUUAAUAAUCACUUUAAGAGAAUCAGCCCCUAAGUAACUUUGAUUGAAGCCCACUGAAAUAAAAUCAGAUAGGUUCAGUCUGUACUCCAUAGGAAGGAAUAUAGCUUCAGGAAAAGGAAUUCUUCCCAGUGUCAUCAGUAAGGCUUCAUGGAAGAGUGAACUUUGUUAAGAAAUCUUGAUUCAUUGGCUUGAUUUAGAAUUUUAGAGAAGAAUAUUUAAGGCACCAGAAACAAAAGGAAAGCAUAGGAUAUAUUCAGAAAAGACCUUUUGCUUUAAGUAUCACAGAUUCUGGAAUGUCCUUCACAGGAGAAAAGGCUUCCAGAUAUUCAGGGUCAGUGAGAAGGGAAAGGCAUAGAGCAAGACUGAUUCAAUCUGCUUUUUCAUCUCUAUGUAAUUGUAAAAUAGGAUAAGCUGUCAAAAUUUAACCCAACACAUACAGUAUGAAGAGAAAUCGUUUUUGAUAACAUACAAAAUGUACAUUUGCAUUGGCGAAUAACUACGUACUCCACUCUUGCACCGAACACCCCUAUCUUUUGAGCCCCUACAAGGCAAUGAGCAGGACACCUCUAUUUUCCUAUUGCUUCUAGGUCCACCACUGGAAAGGAUUCCACAUUCGUCUGUUCCACUGGGUGUUAAAAUUCCCUUAUGGAUUUAUUGCUAAGUGGUAAUCCAGACUCUGCUUAAGCAUCACCUGCAUCAAAGAGCUCAUUACCUCUCAGCCUCUUCCAUUUCCUCCUUCACACUUUGUUCCAAGCUCCCAGAACUAGCCUUUGGGGCUUAGGUGCUCCUUGGUGCCAUACAAAAUUAAUCUUUACUACAUAAUAAAAUGGUGCUUCCUCCCUCUGUUUUCCUUCCAAAUAUAUUUUGCUUUUGGCAACACAUUACUGUAAAAAAAUAAAUUCUUGAUUUUUUUUUUUAGCUGAAGAUUACAAAAACCUUUAAACAUCCUUAAAAAUAGUCUGAAGGGUUUUCUGAGGGUCCGCUUCUAGAGAAUGAGUUUUGGGUUGCUGUUUUUACUUUCUUAUUCAAAAGACAAACUGUUCUGACAGUUGUUAUACAGCUUCAUGCCAUCCCCCAGUAACUAACCCAUGAAACACUCUCCCGUUAUCCAGUCUGCUGAUAAUGACCUUACAAUGGUGAGAAACAUCAGCGUGUGAUUGCAUCCAACAAGGAAAUAGUCAAAAACAGAAGAUACUGGUUCUGUUGAAAAGCAUUACCUCUGGCCAGUUCUGUGCAAAAUGAAGGAGGUAAUAUUAUGUCAUGGUUUUAUAUAGAAAUGUAUACAUUCUUUCCUUACUGUCCAGAGAUGCUAUUUAGUAUCAAUAACAUUCCUUGGUCUUUGGGAGGACAAGGUUUACAGCCCUUCCACUCUAGCCUUAAAUUUGAGAGUCCUGUUGGCAGAACUUGACAUCAGUCUCCUGGGCAGGACUUGGGGGUGGCUUUCCGAGCUCUGAAAUAAUAAUUCCUAAGAGAGCUCACAGACUGCUUUCACACAUAAAAUAGCCCUGGAAGGCAGGUUAUUAAUAGUCCUAUCCUGGAAGAGAUAGCUGAGCCUCAGAAUCGUUAAGUGACUUGCCAAAAGCGAUGGAGCUGAUAAGUGGCAGAUUUGGGGAUAUACCCAGGUCCUACAAGUCCAGUGCUCUCUCCAGUGGCCGCUCUCAGGGCACAAAAUACCUCAGAGCACGCUGUAUGCCUCUCCCAGACCACCGUCCCCCUGUCUGAAGGCAUCCGAGGAAAUUCACAGAGAUCACUCAGCUAUCCGGAGGCAGAGCCCUGUGUGUCCUGUGAUGUUUGAGAUCCUUUAGAGCGUGCAUGCAUUUUUCUGUGUCAUCUUGUGGGAAACUACUAGGUAUUCUGUCUGAUUGGCAGUGUGACAGAGCCAGUGAGAAGAGGCCGCCGCUAAGAACAAACACUGUGGCACUGAAAUACACCGCAGCAAAUUUCCCCAGAGACCGUGGUUUACUUUACAUUAACUGAAAAACUCUCUGCAACUGUGAGGUUCCAAAUAUCAACCAAGGCCAUUUCAUUUAGAAUUCAGUGGCGUGCAGAGGUGACUUGAUCCUUAGGACAGUUCUCUCUCCUGUGGGCUGCGAUUUAUGCCCCUCAGAGGCAGGAACUGCCCUAGGUAAACAGUGCAUCUUCUUCUCUCUUUCAGCUCACAGUUAUCGAGGUCCAUCAAGUAUAUGUCACAGCACCAGGCAUUUCUGAGACAAUCAACCCACCUUGACCUUGCAGUGUCUGUGAACAAAUGCUAUGGGAUUGACUGCAGUUCUGCAGCUUGGCUUUUGCUAUUUGAUAGCCUGGGCUUCCCCAGCCUGUGGUCGUUUUGUGAUUUGUGUGUGCUUAUCAUGAAGAAUUUGGUACUGUGUUGCUUCCAGCAUACCUACUUGGAAGCCUACGUGUAUAUGCUAGAACCUGCUCUACAUGGCAGUUCAACAACUGGGCAUGCCUUCACUUGAGCUGCAUCCCUCCGGAAGCUGUGCCUUUUGAUGUGUGCUCUUGGGUUUUUAGUUUCUCUCAUUUCUCAUUAUAGUUGCUUGGCUUUAAGUUGAAAUCUGUUAACUGAUUGAAAAAUAUUCUUUCUUCAUCUGAGUUAAAUCUACUGCGGGGAACCUUUAAAAUGAGCUUAUCUAAUAAGCUUUCUAGGCAUUUUUCCUCCCUAGAGUCUUCCAUCAUCAAGCUGGUCUCAUCAUCCAUCUGCUAAAUUCCCUGGGAUUAAUGAGGGCCAAGUUAAAUAACAAAUGGCCUCUCACCCCUUUCCAGUCUUCACACCUGGGAAAUGCAGGAGGUGCCAGUAGGGCCAGCAGAGUAGCCUUGGCUGAGACGGCAACAUUCAGACACUGGAAAAGUGCCCGAUCUUCCUGUGAGGUUUGAUUCAUGUUAUGAUUGAUGGAGUGGAAAAUGAUUCUCGUGGAAUAAAUGGUGUACCCCCACCACAGGAGUGGAUUAGCAGAAGAAGCAUUUGGAGAACUUUUCAGAAUUAUCUAGGUGAGGACGCCUGAGCCAAGACUCACUUGCGUGGAACCUGUGGUGUCUUAUUAGAGGGAAUAAAAGGACAUGAGGCUGUGCAUAUGAAAAAAGCAGCCCUUUAAAAAAAUUAAGAGAGCCACAAACUCUGAUUUGUCUUUACAUACUGAAAAGGAAAUUAUGAAUGCAUUUUUUUCUUCCUCCAUUGUGAACAGUGUUCCCCCCCAGCUUAGGGAAGAUACACUUGUGUUGUCUUCAAAACACACCCCCACGCACGUGCAUGCACACACGCGCUCUCUCUCACACACAUACACACACACACACACACACAACUUCCAAGAAAGCUGAUCCUUCAAAAAGGAAAUCUUAUUUUAAAACACUUGGGUUUUUUAGGCCGAGAAACUAAUAAUUCCUAGACCUGACCCAUUUUAGUGACUGCCAAAAGAGAAAAGAAAAAGCUAUUUAAAUUUUGUGCAGAUCCAUUUCCCUCUUAAAACAUGCCAAAGCAAUUUGAGGUGGGGGUGGGAACUAAGGUAUUUAUCUCUGCUGCUUGAGGCUCUCUUUGUAUUUCUAUCUGUUGGGAAAAGGGUAAGAACAGUUCUUGGACCAUCAUUAUUGAUGUGUUGCAUUGCCACUUUGUACGGUGCCUGCUUUGCUUCCUACUGAGGCAUAAGAAUGAGUUGUUUUGUUGACUCCUUUCCCCCCAUCAUGAGGGAAUAAAUAUUAAGCCUGAAUGUAUUCCCUCACUAAAUUAUUUGACUCCAUUUCCGAGCUAGUUUAGAAAGUGCACAAGGAGGAGAGCUCACUUUUCCUGGAUACACUUCUCUAUUUUUCUUCUGUCUUGGGAGACAAAUAGAAAGGAAAAAAAAAUCCAGUUCCUUUUCAUCUCUCUUUCCCUUUGGGUGACAGUUGAUGGUCACUUAGUAAUUAUAAACCAGAAGUAGGAGAAGAGCUUAGCCAGGUGAUGAUGUAUCUGCCAGCAUGUUUCAUUCCUUCAAACACAGACUUUGAGAGGAAAAGGGAUUUUAUCAUUUAAAUGCCAACAAUAGGAAUGGCCUCAUAUUUUAACUUUCAAACAGUAAAAGUUGAGUUGAUAUUUGGGCAGUGUUUGCGUUUUUACUAACCCUAUAUGCCUUCUGCUUAGUUUUUAGGUGAAUGCCAUUAUAGUAACAUAUCAGAGUGAAAUUGCCAAAAAGUGUUAAAGUGCCUUGGACCUUCCUCACUAGGUAGCAAGUUGAAACUGGGAUAAACCGUGCCAGCCUUCUUAACUGAAAUGUCUGAACUGAGGUGUAUCCUUGAUGAAAGCGAUGUAGGACCCUGAAAACAAAAUCUCGUCACCACUGAUAGUUUAUAAUGAAGUAGUUGCAAAAUCAUUUUUAAAUGACUUUCUUCUUUUUAGUAUCCAUUUAUUCUCUUGGGAAAGCUUGGAGCAAAUUAUCCAAGAAUUAUUUCUUAUUAAACACAGAAUAUCCACCACCAACCCCCCGCCCCUAAAAAUCUGAAUUAGUCCUCAUUAAUUUCCAAGAAGCAUAUGAAAAAGCAAAUAGAAUUAAAGAUGGCAUUAACUCUCUGAUUGUUUAGCAUGAAUAAAAUUAUGUGAUUUUAAUGUGCCUUAAGCAAAACUUUAAACUAAAUGCAAAACUUUCACAGCAGGAUACAGUAUUGAACUUUUACCUUGUUAUCUAUGCAGUUAAUUACUUUGUUUUUUGUUUUGUCUUUUAACUUCACCUUUAUCAUUAGUUAAACAGAUGUGGGUUGCCUCUUUCUCUACUGGGAAUAUGUGCAAUUAUGAGAUGCAUUCCCCCCCCAAAAAAAGAAAGGGAAAAGAAAGAACUUUCGGGUAGCAAAUCUCAGCCAUGAAGUAGACGUGACAUGAAGGUGCAGAGCUGGAGAAUAGUAAUUUUCUCUGAGCCGCACACACCAGCUUUUAUUUCAUGGCUUUGUCACAGGCUUUUCUCCUUCUGUGCUGUCACCUUUGAGAAAAACGGUUGCACCUUCUCCAAGUCUGCCUUUUAACAGCUACAGUUGAGUUGGCAAGACUUCCCCAGCUCUGAAUAUAGCCAUUUGCCGACUCCGGCCUCUUUGCGAGACUGACUCAAAUCUGUGAUCUUCUGUUCAGCAUACACAUCAGCAAAGUGAGAAGAUGAGCACUAAAUAUAGGCGCUAUUAACUUUACUUUUAGAUUUACUGCCUUCAAAAAAGUGCCUAUUCUGAGAAACAUAGACGUUAUUCCUUCAUAUGUAUGUACACAUGGUACCCAGAGUCAUACCGUGCAGCCUUCAAAAACAUACCAUGGAAAGGAGUAGGUGCUAAGAUAAGGAAACCUUGCCAAAAGGAAGAAAGUCACUCAUUUCCAAUAUCCCCUCCCAAGCAGCACCGUGAAACAGGCUGCAAGCACAUUCCCUGAGCAUUCCUUGCUGAUACAGCCACUUUAUAUUUUUAUCCUACUGGAUGGUGCCAUAUUGCUGAGGUUUCCUGUACUCUCCUUCAAGGGAAUAUAUUAUGCUUUAUGGAAUUGGAACAUUUAGUCAGGAAAAAAAAAUUGUUUAAGAGAAUUAAUGAGCCAGGGUCUGUAUUAGGAUACGUGUCAUGUGUGUGUUUUAUAAACUCAGCACUGGUGAGCUUAGCAUGUCAGCACAUUGCUUCUCCUUUUAUCUCUCAGGCUAACAUCAGUGAAAACGAAAGAAAAGUCUUGGCUCUGAGAAUUGGUGGCUCAGGGGGCCAAAGGCCCUUGCCAGGUCCUUAGAGCAUCUUUACUUUGACUCCUAAAAAUAGUAACACAUGUUAUGUAAUGGCUUUUGUUUCCAUGGUUCUGUCGCUGGCAUUGUAGCCGUAGAUAUUGUCGAUGGAGCAGCAGCUCAGCCUAGAAAGUUGGGUUCUCACCCAGGUGUGGCAAUAGGAGAGGGGCUGGACGAACAGGACGAGGUAGACUAUGCACAAUUUUAGGAAAAGGGUUGAAAGGAGGACGAGCUUCCAAAAAAGAUCUUUCUCAAUGUGUCGUCUGACUCAACCAGCUGGCAAAUUACACUUGCCAAGUCGCUCCCUUCCCUUCUAAGUCAGUUGGCUCCAUGUUCACUUGAUUCUGCCUCUGCUUUGGGAAAGCAGGAGACCUCCAGUUAGCCUUUCCCCAAGGGAGCUCCUGGUAUCCUCUUGGUCAUGAAGUUGUCUCCUAUCCCACCCAGUUUUACCAAAUGGAAGUAAAGGGGGACAAGCAAUAGAAGAUGCGUCCCACAUGCUUGAAGUCAGCCACCAUUCUGCUUUCCAUCUAAGGGGCUCCACUUCUUAAACCAGGGAGGAGGGCAGAAUGGAUCAUGGUUUCAUAAUUUCUAGAGUGUGGACCACCCUUCCUUCGUUGUCAUCAUUUUAUGAGACCACUUGUCUCCUUGGAGAAAGUGAUACUCUUCACUAAAACUGUCUACUCUUGCUGUUGAUGUUCUGUUUUUACUUUAUCAGUUUCAACACUAGUCAUUUUCUAUUUUUUUUUAGAGAAUCAGAUGUUAGUACUAGGUAAGCAUUCAAAAAUCUCUGUGUGAUGUCAAAAGGAGCACUAGGAUGCUACAGAGUUUUUCCUCCUUGGAAAAAGGAGAGACUGGGAAAGAGACGGCACAGUUUUGCUCCAGGUUUCAAUCUGAUCGUGACCAGGGGAGAGUUUUAUGUAAGUGUUAAAUGGUAUUUACAAGUAGAUAGAUCAAAGGAAAAGUGGGGAGAAACCAUGUUUUCUCUAUGCUAAAUGUGUCAAAAACAGGAACUUCCUACUAAGUAUAAUCACAGCCCUACCACGAUCAGCUGCAAGUCUGAGUAACAGUCUCUGACUUAGGGAAAGCACAAAACACAUACAGGGAAUAUUCCUUUUUUCACAUGUAUGAUACUGACAGAACCAUGGUAUUCCCCAAAAUACUGAUUUCUCUUUUUUAUUCUUAGCAAAUUGCAUCUCUCCACUACAUCAUGAACCAUCACUGACCUAUCCAAAAUAGCCCUCGUGGUUCCUUAUGAAAAUAACUGAAUAAAACCUACUAUAAGCAAGUGAUUUGGGAUAUUUUCUUUUGCAUUUAUAUAUUACCAACUAUAUUAAAUCAUGUUUCUAUUUACCUUCUAUUGGUUUUUUUCUAUCAAUUAUGUUUUUCCAAUGCUCUUUAUGAACAAAUAUGAAAAUCAUAUUCCUUUUUUCUGUAAAAGAAUU